AUGAACUCCAAGAUUGUAUUGCCUCCUUUAUCGUCAGUUGUUAGUGAACCACUUCAUCACUGCCAAGAUAAUCUGAUAAUAAAAGUCAAGCUCCCAGGAGUAGCCCACUUGAUGAAUGACGGCUGUAGCAAUAACAAUAACACUACACGUUUUCAUCAUCAAUCGAGAUCUGUGUCUAUGGGUUACAUUCCAACAUUAUCCUCUUCUUUAUCUUCAACAUUCAAUAAUAAUUUCACAACAUCAAAAAAUGAGCAGCCCCCUUCAUCAGGACUUUACUCUCCAAUCACUAGUGCCAACACCAGUCCAAUGACUGCUUCUCAUCCGCACAACGGAUCACGAAUUAGAGCGAGAUCUCAGCCUGUUUGCUUCACCACACCAAUGCCAUACGUUGUUACAGAAGCCUCUGCCUCUUUCUCAUUCCCAGCCCAACCUCAAACACCCCCAUAUUUACCCCCAUCACCAGUGUAUCAAUACCCUUCUCCUACCUUACAAUCACAAUAUCCACAAUUUCCUGUGCCACAGCAGCAGCAGCAGCAGCUACAACAACAACAAUCUUACACAGCUUGCCAACCUCCGGUAUAUUAUCAACUCCAAUCUUCAGGACCAACUUCUACGAAUAAUAAGGUUGUAGUGGAAAAACAAGCUCUGGCUUGGUCACCUCAGGAUGAUAAGUUGCUUAGGUUCUUGAAAGAGGAGCGGAAAUUGGGUUGGAGAGAUGUUGCUACUCAUUUCCCCAGAAGAACUCCUAAUGCCUGCCAAUUCCGCUGGAGAAGAAUUGUCAAUGCUUCUGGUUCAAACUCCGGAAUUUUGAAGAAAAAUCAAGGGAAAUUCCAAAGCAAAAAAAGUUCAGUCAAUUAUUUAUUGAACGGUAAAUGA